UAAAAGAACCUGCUAGGUUUAGCUUCUGGAUUAUUAAGUCUGGUGCUGAUUUUAAAGGAAAGACUGAUGAGUACAUUUUCAAAAACAGAAAAAUUUGUCGGCGGCAUUUUACACCCAACUUCUUCUAUCCUAGGAAUAGACUGUGCAAUAUGGCUGUACCAACUUUAAAUUUGCAACAUACUUCUACAUCUGAAAGUCCACCACUAGUCGGCUUAGCCCUGGAAGAAAGAGAAGAGGAAGAGGAAACAGUAGCGGUCAGUGAAGCAAACCGCAACCAUGAGAUCACUUUGGAAACUAUACCAAUUGUAAAUAAUAAUUACGAAGUAAUACCAAGCAAUGAUAAUAUCGAAAUUACUAUUAUGGAUGUAGAACAUGAUAAUGACAUGAUGUACGAUGAUGAAAGUAUGGACCUUAACAGUAACCGUGUUGCUGAGAAGGAGGAGAAAGCAACUCGAUGUGAUCCUUUCCACGAAGGCUAUUUGUGCAACGUAUGCGAAGAAAGUAUUCAAGGAUACCGAUACACAUGCGUGCAAUGCCGCGACUUCGAUUUGUGCAGCUCUUGUGAAGCCAAAGGCUCGCAUUUUUCACAUUAUGUUCUAAGAAUACCGGAACCCAGGGCAUUAGAGGACCUAAGAGCAGUUUUAAGCGUCUUAAGAAGGCAAUUGUGCGACGAAAAACCUCCACCGACGUUUGAACACUUUGAUCCUGUUGUUGAUGCAUUAAAGAAAAAUCCUCUGAAGUAUAUGGCACUCCAUAAACCAUCAAUUGAAAAUCAAGAAGAGCAUAAUACAUCACAUGAGACACAGGAAAGUCAACCAGACCUGCAAGAAAAACCAGCUAUUACAUAUAAAAGAUGGUUUCAUACGAAGAAAAGUUUACCAAAAAUAGCAUUAUUAACAGAAACAUUACCCAAGAAAACGUUACCACACAUAACAUUACCAGAGAUAACGUUACCACAUAUAACAUUACCAGAGAUAACAUUACCAGAGAUAAUAUUACCAGAGUGCGCAUCGUAUUGGCAAGAUUAA